GCGGCUUCUGCUGCAGCGAAACCCGCAACGCAACGCGCCUUCGCCGCGGAGCGGCUCGGAAAACCCACCGCACCCGAACGCACCGCGGAUCCAGCACCGGUUCCGUCCAGGUGGGAACCAGAGCGGGGCCAGCGGGACCUGCAGGAUCCUGUAGCCGACGAUCGAGCCUCGGAUCCGGCUGCAGGAGGGGGAGAGUGCGUCCUGGAGCCUCCGAUGGGGUAGAAGCGUUUUCUGGUUCUGGUUCCGACGGUUCCAGCUCCGCACCUGCUCCACCUGCCGGCCCGGGACCGGGACCGGGGCCGGGACCGGGUCCAGGUCCAGGACCGGGUCCAGGACCGGGACCAGGGACCCCCAGGGCCCCCGGGGGCCCCCCGGACCAGCAGCAUCAUGCCGGCGGGGAUGAAGCCGCUGGAGAAGUUCCUGAAGAAGCAGAGCCGCGGCCUGGUGGGGGGGCCGGACAAGGGGGGCCCGGGGCCCGGGGGGGGCCCCUGCAGGCCCGGGCCCGGGGGCGGGCCCAGGGCCCCCGGGGGGGGCACCAGGGCCGGGGGGGGCCCCGGACGCAGGGCCUCCCUGUCCCGGGUCGUGCCGUUCUUCAGGGAGACGUCACCGGACAGCGGGCACGCGCGCGAGGUCUUCAGCCCCGACAGCGAGGACGCCCCCUGCUGGCCGUCGGCCGCAGGGCCCGGCCUGGUCCCGGUGGCUAGCAGCGCUAACGGCUCCGGGUCCGGGGGGGGGGACGUCCGCAGCCCCUCCCUGUCCAGCGAUGAGCAGAGUUCUGAGGCCAGUCUGAUCCCCGAGGGGGGGGGGACGCCGCUGCAGCCGGACACCCCCGACAACCUGGCGCUCACCAUGGUGGACGUGGUGGGGGGGAAGACACGCUACGGAGUCUGUGCAGAAACGCUGCUGGAUGACUUCAUGCUGACACACCCCAUCUUCCUGACGGCCGACAGGCUCCAGCAGGUCCUGCUGCAGCAAUUCAGCCUGGAAGGAGAAGGUGGAGGGAGGGAUGGAGAGACGGAGAGGGGGAGAGGAGGAGGAGUGGGGGAGAGAGGGAGGGAUGGACAGACGGAUGGAGGGAUGAGAGGGAGGGAUGGACAGAUGGAUGGAGGGAUGACCACGGCGGAGAGGAAGCAGGCCGUUCUGAACGUGGCGUUCAGGUACCUGGAAACCUACAGAGAAUUACUGCAGGAGGAGGGAGAGAGGAGCAACUGCUUCCCCAAGGAACUCUACAUGUCUGCGGUUCAGGAUCUGAGUCGGUUCCCGGAGCUGGUGGAAGAUGUUCUGAAACUGCAGAGAUGGACGGAGAUCUUACACUGCCCGUCCGAGGAGGAGAAGGAAACUCGCAGGAAACAAGUUCGGCCGCUUUUCAGACAUUUCAGACGCAUCGACGCCUGUUUGCAGCCCAGGGAGGCGUUCAGGGGCUCGGACGAGAUCUUCUGCAGGGUGUACACCCCCGACCACUCCUACGUGACGAUCCGGAGCCGGCUGUCCUGCCGGGUCGGGGAGAUCCUGGCGCUGGUCCGGGAGAAGCUCCAGUACAGCGAGGACCAGCCGGUAACCGGGUCCCUGGUCCUGGUGGCCGUGACGUCGGCCGGGGAGAAGGCGCCGUUCCGGCCCAGCGACGAGGCCGUGUUCACCACGCUGGGCGUCAACACACACCUGUUCGCCUGCGAGCCGGCCGAGCUCGACUCGCUGCUGCCCCUUCCGGAGGAAAUCCACUGGACUCCGGGCGACAGCAAACUCCACGACAUGUCGGCCGAGGAAGUGGCCAAUCAGCUGGUGGCGUUCGACUGGGAGCUGUUCAGCUGCGUCCACGAGGUGGAGUUCGUGUGCUACGUGUUCCACGGCGAGCAGUCGCGCUGGCGCCCCCUGAACCUGGAGCUGGUACUGCAGCGCUGCAGCGAAGUUCAGCACUGGGUCGCCACGGAGAUCCUGCAGUGCAGCUCGCUGCCCAAGAGAGUCCAGCUGCUGCGCAAGUUCAUCAAGAUCGCCGCGCUGUGUAAGCAGCAGCAGGAUCUUCUCUCCUUCCUGGCCGUCGUCCUCGGACUGGACAACCCGGCCGUUAGCCGUCUGCGGCUAACCUGGGAGGGUCUCCCGGGGAAGUUCAGGAAACAGUUCCAGCAGUUCGAGGGCCUGGCGGAUCCGUCCAGGAACCACAAGUCCUACAGGGACCUGAUCUUCAGCCUGAGACCCCCGUUGAUCCCCUUCACUCCCCUGCUGCUCAAAGAUCUGACGUUCCUCCACGAGUCCUGCAAGUCCUUCCAUGGAGACUUGGUGAACUUUGAGAAGAUGCACAAAGUAGCUGAGAUGGUGAGGAGCAUCCGCCGCUUCCGGAGCAGCCAGCUGGCCGUGGAUACGGAGACGUCGCCCCCCCACCUGCAGACCAAGGCCUACGUGAGACAACUACAGGUCAUCGACAACCAGAACCUGCUGUUUGACAUGUCCUGCAGGCUGGAGCCAAGAGACACGUAGACCUGGACCUGGACCUGGACCUGGUCCUGGACCUGGACCUGGUCCUGGACCUGGACCUGGACCUGGACCUGGACCAGGACCUGGACCUGGACCUGUACCUGGACCUGGACCUGGUCCUGGAACCAGGAACCAGAAACCAGGAACCAACGACAACCAGAACCUGCUGUUUGACAUGUCCUGCAGGCUGGAGCCAAGAGACACGUAGUCCUGGACCUGGUCCUGGACCUGGACCUGGACCUGGACCUGGACCUGGACCUGGACCUGAACCUGGACCCGGGACCAUGACUUGUUCUGGAAGGUUCUGGAAGGAAAGUUCUGAACUCACACUGGAUUCACACUGAAAGCGUCUGUUUUGGGA